UUUUAAUAGCUAUUUUUAUACUUGUAAUAAAGGAAGUAUUAGAAUCUCAAUAUAUUUUAAUUACUCCUAAACAGAUCCAAGUGAUGGAGGGCCCCAACCUAGGAUUUAGGUUUCCCGGAGUUGGUUCAGUCUCCAAUGACGGUUAUUUUGGACCUUAUGGUGGGCUGAUUUACGCCAAGAAUGGUUCGGACCUGUUACUAUGGGCACCAGCUAUUGGGUCCCAGGGACACCUUUUUCAUCUCAGCGAACUGGGACAUUGGGGUACAAACGAAACGUACCAGGCAACCAAUAACGUGGAUAUCCUUAUAACGGUGUGGCGGGAGCAUGUCCUAGAGAAUGUCACGUGUCCCAUCGAUCAGCUGAGCGUCUUUGAAACGGCGACUAAUACGGACACAGUGGUACAUGGUGUUGGGUACAACGGUAACAUAACGUUUGGAUGCAAGUACGGGUACAUGUACCGCGGGGGUAACACAUCCGCUACAUGUGACCGGUACGGGGAGUGGAACUUUCUCAACAAUGACACCAUCAGAUGUGAACUUAUUCUAUGUAACACGUCCGACCUGGUAACGCCGAAUACACAAGUUAGUAUAGUUGGGGAUUAUCGAGUUGAUGACGUCGUGACGUAUGCGUGCGACGCUGGGUACGAGAUCAUUGGUGGAAACCUGUCACGUGUCUGUUUGGCGGAUGGUACUUGGAGUGGGUCGGCACCUUUAUGUCAACCUGUGGUGACAACCCAAAUAGAGCUAACGACAACGGAACUCCCUACAACCACAACAACAGCUUGCCCUCUCGUCGGACUGGAGGUACCUUUUGCGGAGAUGACUGUUUCGGACACAGCUGACACUGUGACGUACAUGUGCCCGCCAAUGUACCCCCAUGUUGACGGGGAUCUGACGCGGACUUGUAACAGGGACGGAACAUGGAGCGGGACAGCGCCUGUCUGUGAAUAUUGUUUAUGGCUGAAGUGCGGGAUGAGUGUUUUGAAGGUGAUGAGACCAACAUGUUUUUUCUUCAUGACAUAGAGAAAUUGUCAAAUAAAACUUCCGAGAUGACAGGCAGUCUCGUAGCUUUUUCCAUAUUACACGGAGGACCAGGACUCCCAGUUCUACAUGACUGCAUGUACGAUCUCAUGAUAUAUGGGAACUGCGAGAGUCUGCCACCGAUAGACCAGUGCAUCUUUGAUGUCGAGCAACGUCGGAAAUUUGAAAUGGUAAUGCAGGCUUCAAAUCAACAGGAUUACACUGCAGCAUUAAACGAUGUGACCGAUUGGGCUGCGGAACAAGGACUUUCGCUUUACAAAUACCGACAGUUGGAGGAAAAAAGAAAAUCUAAAAAAAACGAGAUUUUCUACAGGAGGAAAACCUGAAAUUUUCAUCCCUCCGACCUACAUACAGAGUAAAUUUCAGUGAAGAAGGGUCCAAUGACAGGAGGCUAGCAGGAUCGGCUCUGUAUUGUUUAGAGGCGUUCCUCGCCGACUGUGAAGGUGAAUUCUGUUAAAAUGCCCUGUUAUUUAAACAAUAUGACCGUCCUAGCCUUUGAUGCUCUACUUUUUAUUAUGUUCAAUUGGUCGUAUUUGAAUAAGAUACGAUAAACACGUUUUCAUCUCUCGGUAUUGUUACUUUUCUUUCCGUUCGAAAUCCAAUAUGGCAUCCCUGGCCUCUAAUAAGCUGACGAAUUUUCAAUGUUAUUUCCAGUGACACUGGCCAGGUCCUUUAGAUAAUAACAUGACUAUGUAUUUAUCUGAUAGGAACGAACUGAGAUUUAUUUAUAGAUAAGCCCUCGAAAUAUUUCCAUUAUGUUUUCAAAGGAGGAACCACUGGUGUUAAGCUGCAGGACGUAUUGUGCUUUUAGACAGGUGCAUCUUCAAUACCGCCACUAGGCUUUCAUAAGGAAUUAGAGGUUUCCUUUGAAGCAGAAAAACGAUUACCCUCAGCACACACUUGUGGCCUUGUUCUGAGCAUAUGGAGGGGGUAUUCCGACCCCGAAAUAUUUGCAGAGGACAUGGUGAAAUCUGUUACAUGGGGAGGAGGGUUUCAUCUGGUCUGAACGUGUAGAUUCCAUGACACGAAUCUACAGCCAAACAUUACAAAUAUGUACGUGUUAUUACUCGCAGCUUUCGACUGAGUUAAAUUAUAUUUUUCACGAUACGAAAGUAAAAUCUCAAUUAAUUUUUUACUUUUUUAAAUAAUUCUCUAAAUACAUUUAUUCUUUGAGUAGUCAUGCAAAGAACCUCUGGUGUAAUUUGAAAAUGAUAUCAUGAAGCGAAAAUGUUCAUCGAGAUAUUUACAAUACAUUUUGUGCAUACCGCAUUCAUUAACAAAACAGGAAUCUUUUAUUAUGGUUGUAGAAUUUCUUAUUAAAAAUACUGACAUUCCGUGUAUUUUGACCUAGGCAUAUGGAAGUAAACAUUACUGAAAAUAAGUUAUACAACAAGAUUAUUAUGUAAUUAUGACAACUGAAUCCUGAAUUUACUUGCAUUAUCGCAUGCAAUUUAUAAAGAUACAUUUCGAAAAAGGAAAACAAUUUAUGACGCAUUUACCUGCGUCGUUUAUUUCUUUUGUUUGCUUUUGUAGGUGAAUAUCGGACAACAGUGUUUCAUUAUCAUGGGAUUUUACAAUAAUUCCAGAGAGGAUAAUUUCAUUUUUUAUUUCUUUUUAUUAUGCUUGAAAUGCCAAGCUUUUUUGGAACUUUAUUUUAUUCUUUCCAUUCCUUCUGUCUGUGAUAACAAAAUGUUAAUACAAAGUAUGUAUUUUAAACAAUGAUUUACAAGCAAUGCAAUUCAGUUCUUUUUAACAGUCAUGUCUUUUACGAUUUUCAUUGAUCCAAAUGAUGUUUUUUAAGCUAUUUAUGUUUGUUGCCUUUAUGUAUGUCUUUGAAACCAAAACUAGGCAAUUGUAGCCAUAUGAAUCAAAAAUUUAUUUGUAGAAUAUUUGUUUGCAAAUCAAGGGUAAAACGUGGAUAGCACAAGAAUUUAGCGGGAUAAAUCAUUUGUGUCUCCAUUUAUUUAUAUUAAGUGGUAAUGGGCAUAGGUGGCAGUUUUAUCGAUAUUUAGCGGCCAAAGGUCACAUUAUACUACACCCCUUCUGAGAUGAAUAUGAACCAAACAACAUCACGUUCUUCACCUGAUUGAAUUGUUGUGGUCAUCAGCCAAUGUUAAAGAGUCAGAAGUUACACUUGACCACUUUGCCAGUGCUGACCGUUGUUGUUGUUAUUUUACUGAGCAGUGAUACAAGGAAAGAAUUCUGUACACCGACAAUAACGGCCUUAAAUGUGUUGCACUGACGGCUUUAAAGCUGACAUAGUGUUGAUUAGCUAGUUAACACUUUUUGUAAUAUCCUCUUAAUUUGGCAUAUAACGCAUAUUGUGUCGGAUUUUCUAAUGUUGUUACAUCACAGAUGAUUUGUCUGAAAUGAUUUUUAUAAUCAAGAGGAUUCUGAGGCAGAGUUGUAUGAGCGACAACCCAUGCUUUCAUUACUUGUAUAUUUUGUUAUUUGAUUGACUUUCGCAGAUUAUCAACAACAUCUCUCGAAUUGCUAGUUCUUUCAUCAUACCCUUAUUUCGGACGAAGUUAAAGUUAUAUAUUUUGCAUUUACCAUCAUGCAUAAGUCCACCCUCUACAUGUUUAAUAUUUAACCUUAAUUUAAAAAACGAACAUAAGUUUCUGGAAUAAAUAAUGACCAAUUUUCAAUUUACAAUUAUCAUGUAAGUAUAAACUCGUUAGCCGUGAGUGGAAUGGAUGAUGGAAAUACAAUAUAUUGAUGUAAAGAAAGAAGUCCAAAUAUAAUAAAGUAAAUGAUAAGUUU